AUGACGGCCUCGUCGGGUCUCACAAUCGUGAUCAAACUAGGAACGAGUUCAAUUGUUGACGAAAAGACCCAUGAACCGAUCCUCUCGAUUUUGACCUUGAUUGUUGAGACGGUGACCAAGCUACAUAGAGAUGGUCAUCGGGUUGUCCUUGUGUCGUCUGGUGCCGUCGGGGUUGGCCUGCGAAGGAUGAAUGUGGACGAGCGACCAACUUACCUCCCGCGCAUACAGGCUCUCGCUGCAGUUGGUCAAUGUCGACUGAUGAGUCUUUGGGAUAAUUUAUUCUCACAUCUUCGUGUCCCUGUGGCCCAGAUUCUUUUGACAAGAAAUGAUAUUGCCGAUGCAUUUCAUAUUUCGUCACAGAGAACCCAAUAUGUCAACGCGCAAAAUACCUUUGAACAGUUGUUUGAUAUGGGAGUAAUUCCUAUUGUCAACGAAAAUGAUACCGUGGCCGUCUCUGAACUUAAAUUUGGCGACAAUGAUACCCUUUCUGCAAUUACUGCGGCCAUGAUCAAGGCUGACUAUCUGUUCUUGAUGACCGAUGUCGACUGUCUCUAUACUGCAAAUCCUCGGACCAAUCCAAAUGCAAAACCCAUUGAGGUGGUGUCCGAUAUAUCCUCUCUCGAGGCUGAUGUUUCGUCCGCGGGUUCCUCCCUUGGUACUGGCGGUAUGAGCACGAAGAUUGUGGCUGCAAAGCUUGGGACCAGUGCUGGUGUCACAACAGUAAUCACCAAGAGCUCAAAACCAGGAAACGUCCACGAGAUUGUAAAAUACUUGCAACAUAUUGAGGCUCACUCCGCGGCUGAUGAUCAAGCUGGGACACCGACUGCGCCUCUCCACACCCGAUUCCUUCGUUCGGAUACCCCCAUUCAAUCACGGACUUUCUGGUUGCUUCAUGGCCUGUACCCACAUGGUACAUUAUAUAUUGACCGCGGAGCUUACCACGCACUUUUGAAUAAUGCCAAUCUGCUCCCAGCUGGAGUGGUCGGUGUGGAAGGUCACUUUGGACAGCAAGAAUCUGUGAGGCUGGUCGUUGUCGACCGGCCAUCCUUAGAUGCCUUGAAUGGUGACUUUAUUCACCACGGAGAGGAACCCAAGGAGGUCGGUCGAGCUCUUGUGAAUUACGGAAGCAUUGAAAUUAUGCACAUCAAGGGCCACCGCAGCACGCAGAUCGAAGCGCUGCUUGGCUACGCAGAUAGUGACUAUGUGGCGAUGCGAGAAAACAUUUCGUUCCAUCCCGGAGAACCAAAACAUACGACGACGCCGUCCUUAACACCGGCUUUGGAGGAAUGGAAGACUCCUUGA